GCGGCGCAUAAAGGGCGGCCGGGGCCCGCCGGAGCUGCCAGCGGAGCGGGGUCCCCUUUCUGCUUGUCGACCGCCGCUGUCCCUGGGACACGCAGGCUCGCCCCGGAGAAAGCCGGAUUCCCCUGGAGUCGCUGCCAUGGCCUCCGUUCCCUCCGCCGGCUGCCUCCUGGCCAAGAACCAGUACUACAGGACAAGACUGAACUCGGAAUCCAGCGUUUCUUCCAGCUCUUCCUGCUGUUUGGAUGCUGUGAACGUCACAGAGCAGGACAAAGCAAUGCAUGGGUUACCAGAGUUAGUUGAUAAAUAUUGGUGGAUAAAAAGCUUCUUCCAUAGUGAACCCUCUCCACCAACUGUUGGAAGAAAAACACUCUCAGCAAGCAGUACCAACAGUUGAAAAGGACAGCAUGAUGGCUUUUCUGACUGAGAUGCUACAUACAGACUUGUUUUUCCAAGAGGCUUGGGGUCUUCCUAAUGUCUGGGUUCAGCUGCAAGAAGAAAACAAAACCUUUAGGAAAGUGGAAAAGUGUAUUUUCAAAAUAUUUGUCAGUAGCUACAAUGAUAUUGCUUAAUGGACAUAUCCAUGGCCUACCGUGUUCUUUCCAGAUUUGCAAUAAUUUGUGAUGUUUCUCUAAUGGAAGUUUCAAACAUCCUGAUGACUUACUUGAAUAAUUAGAGAAAAGUGACAGUAAAAAUAAGACGUCAUAGGUUUAGGAGGAAGAUGCGUGAUUCAGUUAAGUUGCCUUCAAGAUACCAGCUCUAUAGGCAGUCACACUGAUGUAAACAGGAUUCAGAUCUAUAAUCCAGAGUAGGACUGCUGUGUGGCACUUUUAUCCAGUAUUUAUGUACCAGUUACAGGGGUAAGUUUACAAGAAUGCUUGUCAAUAACUUUUUUUUAAAUUUUUUUAGAAAGUCCAACUAUAUGAACAAGCAAUAGUUUGGUUUCUUUGAUCAAGCAGAGUGCAUAGAUC